AUGAAGUCGUCCACCAAAGACUUUGAUGCCCUUAUCGUCGGGGCGGGGUUUGGUGGCAUAUACCAGCUCUAUCGCCUCCGGCAGAUGGGACUGGCGGUCAAGGUCAUCGACAUGGCCAGCGACGUCGGUGGCACCUGGUACUGGAACCGGUACCCCGGAGCCAUGAGUGACACCGAGAGCUUCGUGUACCGCUACUCAUGGGACAAGGAAGACCUGCGGACCUAUCCAUGGACGCACCAUUAUGUCAAGGGGCCUGAUGUCCUCCAAUAUUUACAGCAUGUGGUCGAAAGGCAUGACCUGCGCAAGGACAUGGAGUUCAAUACCGAACUUCUCUCCGCUGACUGGGACGACUCUACCAGUUUAUGGCGUGUCAGGUUGAGCAGCGGCAAGGUGUACGCGGUGCGCUAUCUCAUCACCGCACUGGGACUACUGUCUAAGGCCAACUAUCCUGAUAUCCCGGGACUUCACUCGUUCCAAGGGGAGACAUGCCAUACUGCAGCCUGGCCGGAAGGGCUUGAUCUGGCCAACAAGCGAGUGGGAGUGAUAGGCUGCGGUUCGACUGGAGUCCAAGUCAUCACUGCAAUUGCACCACAGGUCAAGUCGCUUACCUGCUUUCAGCGACAUCCUCAAUACACUGUCCCCAGCCAAGACCGGCCUGUCGAGCCUGGGUAUCGAGAGUGGGUCAAUAAGCAUUACGACGAGAUCUUUGAGCAGGUCAAGAACUCGGCUGUGGGAUUUGGAUUCGUGGAGUCCACCCGCCCCUUCCAUUCCGUGGCAUCGGCGGAAGAACGCGAGGCCAUUUUCGAAGACCUCUGGCGGCAAGGCAACGGGUUUCGAUUCAUGUUCGGCGGCUUCAGCGACAUCUCGACAAACCGCGAGGCCAACGAGGCAGCAUGCACAUUCAUCCGCAACAAGAUCUCCCAGAUUGUCAGAGAUCCAGAAAAGGCCCGCAAGCUACAACCGCACGAUUACUAUGCGCGGCGUCCGCUUUGUGAUGGAGGCUACUACGAGCAAUUCAACCGCCCCCACGUCGACCUCGUACAUCUGCAAGAGACGCCAAUCACUCGCAUCACCGCUCAAGGCAUCGAAACAACCGCAGGCCUGCACGAGCUGGACGUGAUCGUGUUCGCCACGGGCUUCGAUGCCAUCGAGGGCAACUACAACCGCAUCCGGAUCCGUGGUCGCGACGGCGUCUCCCUCAAGGACUACUGGGACCCAACAGGCCCGACCAGCUACCUGGGUGUUGCCGUACCGGGCUUCCCCAACUUACUUAUGAUCACAGGCCCACAGGGUCCCUUUACGAAUCUCCCGCCGGCGAUUGAAGCACAUGUCGACUUGAUUGCGAAACUCAUUUCUCACGCCGAGGCCUCAUCAUCGUCGAUACAGACGCCCCUCAUCGAGGCUCUGCCAGAAGCGCAGAGGGAGUGGAGCCGUGAGUGCGACCGCGUCGCUGAAGGCAGUCUGUUCAAGGAAACGGCCUCGUGGAUCUUUGGCCAAAACGUGCCGGGAAAGAAGUACGCCAUGCGCUUCUACUUUGGCGGCCUCAAAGCUUUCUACGGACACGUCCAACGUGUCAUUGAUGCCGGUUACAUCGGGUUCCGGCCUAUGAACACUACCACUGCUGUAGUGCCCUCAAAGGCGAACGAGCAGGACAUGAGCAAGGCUGUCAGUGAUCAUAUCGAAGACGUUGGUGCACCGCAGUUCGCUUCUAUGGCUACGGCGGUGCCAUCUUUGCAGCCUGUCAAUGAAGUCCCUAGCACUUAA